CUAAACCAUUUGUCACGUUAACAAUGGUGGAUUCUCUUGGACAAUUGACCACGUAGUCACAAAUCACAAUAGUCGGUCAAAUUAAUCCAAGCAACCACAGAAAGGUCACCGCCCUUUUCCAAACAAACCUGAGACUUCAUGUCCAAACCCAACUAGAACACUGUUGUGACUUGUCGUUCCAAACAAACUAACCGUCCUCGUUCCAUCACUGCUCUGUAUCUGUCUCUGUCUCUGUCAUCGACAAACAAACGAAGCCAAUACUGUUUCUGGGCUCUCAUAAUUAUCGAAAGAAUUUUUGUUUUUCUCAUUAAUUACUGCUAUGGUGAAUAGCGGUAUCUGUGCUGGGGAUGCAAUGGGGUCAAUAAAUGGAUUGGUAAGUCCACCUGGGAAGCGACCUCUUUUUUCAUUUGGUGUAAUCUCUGAUGUCCAGUAUGCUGAUAUUCCUGAUGGUCAUUCAUUCCUUGGUGUUCCCCGGUAUUAUCGACAUAGCAUCCAUGUAUUGCAAAGGGCAGUACAAAAGUGGAAUAACCACCAGAAUCUUAACUUUGUGAUCAACUUUGGGGAUAUUGUGGAUGGGAAAUGUCCUCCAGGCCAAUCUCUAGAUGCUGUAAAGAAAGUAAAUAAUGAAUUCCAGAAAAUCAAUGGUCCUGUUUAUCACUUGAUUGGCAAUCACUGUCUCUACAAUCUUCCCCGUGACAAAUUACUACCACUAUUGAAGAUCCAAGGUCUCAAUGGCCUUGCCUACUAUGAUUUUUCACCUAGUCCAGAAUACAGAAUCGUCGUGCUGGAUGGCUAUGAUAUCAGUGCAAUUGGAUGGCCACAAGGUCAUUCUAAAACUUUACAAGCACUAGAAUUUCUUGAAAAGAAGAACCCAAAUUCAGAUAAAAACAGCCCAUCAGGAUUGCUGGGCCUUGAUAGGAGGUUUGUAAUGUUCAAUGGAGCUGUUGGGAAAGAGCAACUUGAAUGGUUGGAUGGCACACUUCAGGAUGCAACAAAGCUGAAGCAGAAAGUGAUCGUUUGUUGUCAUCUGCCUUUGGAUGUUGUUGCAUCAUCUCAAGAAGCACUUCUAUGGAACUAUGAUGAAGUAAUGAACGUAAUCCACCAGUACAAUUGUGUCAAGGCUUGCCUUUCUGGACAUGAUCACAAAGGUGGGUAUUCAGUUGAUUCCCAUGGAGUACACCACAGGUCCUUUGAAGCAGCCCUUGAGUGUCCUCCUGACACAGAUGCAUACGGACAUAUCGAUGUUUAUGACGACAGGCUACUGCUUUUUGGUACCGAUAGGAUUCAGAGCACCGAAAUGUGUUUUAAUCCUUAACCUGACUUGUAAGUUUAACAUUUUAUUUGGUUAAACUGCCAUUCAUCUGUACAUUAUAUUAUCCGCAUUGGAAUAAAUAAAUAAAUUAACAAGCCAUGGAAGAGCUCAUCAUUAAACUCAA